UUUCUGCAAUCGAGGGCGCGAUGUGGGGAGUCCGUGCACGCGGCUCACGUCAAAGAGGAAGGUCCAUGAAGAGACCGCCCGGAUCCGACGAGGUUGAUGGGGAGCGGAGAGGAGUGCAUCUAGCCCGCCACCCCGGAGCGGAAGAGGCGGGGAGGAGGGUGGGAGGGGGGGGGGAAGGGGCCGCGGGAGAGGAGGAGAGAGUGGCGAGGGGGGGGGCCCUGAAGGACCUCAGUCCCCAAGGUGGCUGCACCGCUCUCCAUUCACCAACCAAGCUAGCAAUGGCCAUCUCGGCUCGCAUUGCGAUGUUCGGAGCCAACGAAUCGCCAAGCCGAGCCGCCACGCCACGCCACGCAACUCCAGACGGCGUGUCGUCAGACGGCGGAGGUCGCCCGAUGUGCUCCUGGGGAUCGGCGGCGUGGCGCGGGCCCCCACGAUCAAGUCGGUGAGGACGGUGCUGGUGCCUCCCGUGGCGGCCUCCGCCCCAGGGCGGCUGCCUCCCCGGUGCGCGCACGGCGCUCGCCAGAACUCCUGGACAAAGAAAAAACAUUCGCCGUCAAAUUGAUGGCGGUUCCUACUGAGCGCGCAGACGUUCACCUCUUAGAAGAAACUGAACAGCAACCCGUGUGGUGUACACAGGGCAAAUGCAGCUGCAGAUAUGUAUGCCCGACGUGGAGCUGCUCGACACACAAUCGAUUAAUUAGCCCUGACGCACACUGAGCGCAGUAACCUUACUGUUACAGUCGUUGGUAAGUUUAUCGCAUAUGCAAUGCCUAAUGCCUUGAAGCUAUUUGAACUGUAUAACGACCUCAGAAUCCUUUAAUGAGUGGGCGGGAUCACCGUACAGAUGUGUCCUUUCCUCAGGUCUUUGAUAACCCUGGCGAGUAUGGG